GCCCAGUGCGACUUCGACAUGACGUCAUUCGAAAAGGGCUUCCUCAGCGGAACCAUCUACGUGGGCAUGAUCGUGAGCUCGCACCUGUGGGGCUUCGUGGCGGACACGCGCGGCCGGCGGCAGGUGCUGCUGGUGACGCUCGCCCUCAACUUCGUGUGCUCUGUGGCGGCCGCCCUCAUGCCCACGCUGCCCCUCCUCAUAUUCUUCAGGUUCCUCAACGGCGUCUGGAUCUGCGGGCCCUCUGCCGUGACGUACGCCUACCUGGGGGAGUUCCACUCGGACAAGACGCGCACCCAGGCCAUCGUCUACGUCUGCAUCUUCCUCUCCAUGGCGCUCCUCGUGGAACCAGGACUGGCCUGGGCGGUGAUUCCUCAGCCCUGGGCUGCCCCGCUGCCUUGGAUCACGAUGCGGUCCUGGAGGGUUUUCCUGAUCCUGGGCGCUGUUCCCAGCGCCGCCACCUUCCUGGGGCUGUGGCUGCUGCUGCCGGAAAGCCCCAAGUUCCUGCUCGCUGUCGGCAGGCACGACGAAGCGCUCGACGUCCUGCGCAAGAUGUUCGCCACCAACAGCGGCCUCCCACCGGAGAAGUACCCAGUGGCGGCCCUGCAGGGGGACGCGCUGACGUCAUCGCCAGUGGGCGUCAACACCAAGUCGCCGCUGGCCAUCGCGCGCCACAUGUGGAGGCAGACGGUCCCGCUGUUCAAGCCGCCAUACCUGCUGUACACCGUCGUCGCCUGCUUCAUCCAGUUCGGGCUCUACGCCAGUUCCAACGGCUUCCUCAUCUGGCUGCCAGAGCUGCUAAACCGCAUGGGCCAGUACGGCGAGGCCUACCCACACCACCCUGCCACCGUGUGUGACGUCAUCGCCGUGCUCGCGGGCCAGCUGCCACCACCAGUCGCCGUGGAACUGCUCCAGGCCAACUACUCCAGUGGGAUGGAGACCUACGCAACAGCUGAGGACCUAUUAGUCAGCAACUGGACAGCAGUGCAGCUGAGUGCAGGGUCUGGUGCCAACUGGACGACGAUGGUGAGGAACCUGACAAGCUGGGGCGGUGACUCCACCUCGAGCACUGCCUCCCUGGAACUGUCUCCAGCACCGGACGUGUGCGUCGCCACGGUGAACCCAGUGAGCUUCCAGAAUACGCUCAUAACGGGCGCGGGCUUUGCUGUCAGCUACAUCGCCAUCAGCCCCAUCAUCAAGGUCGUCAGCAAGAAGACCAUCCUCGCGGUGUGCCUGACGGUGUCCGGGGCGUGCGGCGUGGCCGUACUGUGGGCGCAGACCGACCUGGAGGUGCUGCUGCUGCCGAUGGCCUUCAUCGUCCUCUCCGGGAUGUGCGUGUCCGUCGUCAACGUCGUCGUCGUCGAUACCGUCCCCACCUAUCUCAGAGCCAUGGCGGUGUGCCUGUCGCUGUGUUUCGGCCGCCUGGGAACCUUCAUCACAUCACUCAUGUUGGGUGCCCUCAUAGACUCCAACUGCGUACUCGCCAUCGGCAUUCUUGGAGGAUACGUUGUUGGUAUGUAG